AUGUGCAGGGAAACGUUUCUGUACUUAUGUGAGCAGUUGAGAGGAGACAUUGAAUUUGAGUACACGAACAUGAGAAAUUCCAUUUUUUUUGAGAAAAGAAUUGCUGUCACCUUGUGGUGCUUAGCAACGACUAUCGUCAGUCUUAUUGUACAGAGCACAUGUAGGGCCAUCGUUCGUCGACUGAUGCCAGCAUAUAUCAAAUUUUCUUCAGGAGAUGCACUGGAAGCAGCUGUUCAUGGCUUCCAGCAGUUAUUCAAUAUUUCUCCAUGUGCAGGAGCCAUUGAUGGAAGUCAUAUACAAAUUACUCCACCUGUGUUGAAUCACACCAACUAUUAUAAUAGAAAAGGAUGGUAUUCUGUUAUUCUUCAAGCUGUUGUUGACCAUCAAUACCUGUUUCGUGACAUUAACGUUGGCUGGCCAGGAAGAAGGCAGAAGAAGGGACGAUUUUAA